UGAAAUUGACUUUGCAUAUUUCGUACCAUUUGCGUUGUAAAACGACUCGACCCUGUUGAAUAUUGAGGUUCCUUCGUGAAUUUUUGUAUUGAAUGACAUUUUUGCGACAUGGCGACAGCCAAAGUUGAUCAAAAUUCCAGUAAUCAUCACUCCAUUCCAAUGGAUGGGAUCAAGGCUGGCAACAGUGAUGGUAAUAGUGACCAAGGUUGGAAGAGUAAAUUGAAUCUUCCCCCUAAAGAUACCCGUUUAAAGACUACAGAUGUUACAAACACUAAAGGAAAUGAGUUUGAGGACUUCUGCCUAAAGCGGGAGCUCCUUAUGGGUAUAUUCGAGAAAGGCUGGGAACAGCCAUCUCCUAUUCAAGAGGCCAGCAUCCCAAUUGCCCUUACAGGGCGCGACAUUUUAGCUCGAGCUAAGAAUGGAACUGGAAAAACUGGGGCAUACACUAUCCCAAUCAUAGAGAGAUGUGACCCCAGUCGCAAUGAAGUACAAGCCCUUGUGAUAGUACCUACCAGAGAACUAGCCCUACAGACAAGUCAGAUUUGUAUUGAGAUCAGUAAACACAUUGGAUGUAAAGUGAUGGUCACAACAGGAGGAACCAAUCUUAAAGAUGACAUUAUGAGAUUAUAUGACCCAGUCCACAUUAUCAUAGCCACACCAGGCAGAAUUCUAGACUUGAUGAACAAACGAUUAGUAAAGAUUGGGAAAUGUGGCAUGCUGGUUCUGGAUGAGGCUGACAAACUGCUGUCUCAGGAUUUCAAGGGGAUGUUGGACAGUAUCAUCGGCCACCUGCCCAACAACAGACAAAUACUCCUGUACUCUGCUACCUUUCCGCUCAGUGUUGAGCAGUUCAUGAGGAAGCACCUUGACAGUCCCUAUGAAAUCAAUUUGAUGGAUGAAUUAACAUUGAAAGGAGUUACCCAGUAUUAUGCUUUUGUUCAAGAGAAACAGAAGGUUCACUGUCUCAAUACACUGUUCUCAAAGUUACAAAUCAACCAAUCUAUCAUCUUCUGUAACUCAACAAAUCGUGUAGAACUUCUCGCCAAAAAGAUCACAGAACUUGGCUAUUCAUGUUUCUACAUCCAUGCAAAGAUGAACCAGCAACAUAGAAAUCGUGUGUUUCAUGACUUCAGACAAGGACUCUGUAGGAAUCUUGUGUGUUCAGAUUUGUUCACAAGAGGAAUUGACAUCCAAGCUGUGAACGUUGUCAUAAACUUUGAUUUCCCCAAACAUUCAGAGACAUAUCUCCACAGGAUAGGUAGAUCUGGUCGAUAUGGCCACCUCGGAGUCGCAAUCAACCUCAUUACUUAUGAUGACAGGUUUUCAUUACACAGAAUCGAGAGUGAGCUGGGCACGGAGAUCAAACCAAUCCCCAAAAAUAUAGACAAAUCCUUAUACGUGGCAGAGUUCCACCAGGAGAGGGAUGAUGAAGAUGAGGCCCCACACAACUCCCAUGGGGCAAAGGGCGGACAGUGAUCUGUUACGUCAGCAACAUUUCUCCAGGUCAUAAACAUGCUUUGAACUGUGGUACAGACAGCAGUGUAUUCCUGGCAGAUAAAUUAUUUGUUUGAGACUUCAGUACUUUUACUUUGAGCUGGUAGUAUCUGGUCAGCUUCUCGAUAAUGGAUCAAUAUUGCUGUGGCAAGUCAGGUCUUUCUAGAGGUGUUAGACCAGUCUCAUCUUACCAUUGGAGGACGGACAGUGUUUGUUGCCAAACGAGUAUACAUCAGAUGUGAGGGUGGCCUACAAGACAGAAGUAGGAACAAUGCCUCUCAACCAUGCUGGAUUCCUUCCUUAUAUCUAUACAUAAUUGUGUGCAUAAUGAGGAUCAUAUUUUUGUCCAAAAGAGUAGUGCUCAUUUCAAUAUGUCUAUACAGCAGAAAUUUUGGAUUGCUUAUCAAGAUGAAUAAGUGCUCCCAGGAAUUUUUUUAUAUGAAAUGUUCUCAAUGUUUUGUUUGGAAAUAUCUU